AAUUGGCUGUACAUUAUAUGUAGAAAAAGUUUCAAAAGUUCUUCAAAAUGCCCGUCCUGACUGUAGCUAAUGCCGAAGAGUACCAAAAAUACAUCAGCGAUGACAAAACAACUGUCGCACUUUUCGCCGCCGAGUGGGCCGAACAGUGUAUCCAAGUCAAAGAUGUCCUCGAAGAGCUGGCAAAACUUCUAGGAGAUAAGUUGCAAUUCGUAACACUCAAUGCCGAACAAUUCCCAGAGAUUUCCAUGAAACAUCAGAUCGAUGCCGUACCCACAGUUAUAUUUUUUAGGAGUGGUUCCGCCAUUGAUCGCGUUGAAGGUGUGAACAUCGCAGAGAUCACAAACAAGUCAAAAAAGCUGGCUGAAAACGCCAGUCGAGCUGCUGCCACUGGACAAACACUCGAAGACCGAUUGAAGGCGCUUAUUAACACGGCCCCUCUAAUGAUCUUCAUGAAAGGAGAUCGAAACGCGCCGCGUUGUGGCUUCUCCAAGCAACUUAUCGGCAUUGUUAAUGAAACAAAAUUGCCAUAUGAAACUUUCGACAUUCUAACCGAUGAAGAGGUGCGCCAGGGCCUAAAGACCUACUCCGACUGGCCCACGUACCCACAAGUAUAUGUAAAAGGUGAACUUAUCGGUGGCUUGGACAUAAUUAAGGAGCUUUUGGCCAACAAUGAACUGGAAAGCACACUCAAGGGCUAAGAUGCGUCUGGGUUUGGAAUUCUCGCUCCAUUAAGCACACAAAAUCAGGAACAAAGCAACAACGUUAAACAAAUUUACAAUGUUUAAAUUAUUUUGUAAAAUUGAAUAAAAGCAUUGAAAUAUA